UUACAUGUAGGUCUAACCGUGGUUGUGUGUUGUCAGUUACUACAGCCUGGAUGACAUCAGCCACGAGACCAUCAACAAGUACCUGUCCAACCUGGUGGAAAGGAGUCUCCGAGACCUGGAGUGUUCCUACUGUAUGGAGGUAGGAGAGGAUGAUUGCACCAUUGAGGCCCUAACGUACGGUCGUAUCUCCUACUACUACCUCCUGAAGCACCAGACAGUCAGGAUGUUCAAGGAGAGGCUGAGGGCUGAGCUGCCCAUCCAGGACAUCCUCUCUGUCCUCACGGAUGCUGAGGAGUACGGGGAGCUGCCCGUCAGGCACAACGAGGACCAGCUGAACAGUGAGCUGGCUCAGCGUCUCCCCCUGCAGGUCAACCCCCACAGCUACGACAGCGCCCACACCAAGACCCACCUGCUGCUGCAAGCCCAUUUCAGCCGCGCCCAGCUGCCCUGCUCCGACUACGGCACAGACACCAAGACCGUGCUGGACAACGCCAUACGCAUCUGUCAGGCCAUGCUGGACGUAGCAGCCAACGAGGGCUGGCUGGUGACUGCUCUCAGCAUYUGUAACCUGGUGCAGAUGAUCGUUCAGGGCAGGUGGCUCAAUGACUCCUCUAUCCUGACCCUACCUACCAUAGAGCAGCAGCACCUCUACCUGUUCAGCAGGUGGAGCUCCAAGGGAGGGAAGGGCGGGGCCAGGGGCUUCCACGGACCAAUAGAAGUGCUCCCUGAGCUGAUUGCCUCCUGCGAGGGGCGGGAGAACACCUUCGCUGCCAUCGUGGGGGGGAGCUUCAGCCCCAUCAGAUCUCCCAGGCCUGGUCGUUCCUCAGCCAUCUGCCGGUGGUGGAGGUGCGUCUGAGUGUGAAGGGUUGGUGGGAGGGGUGUGGGGAGCAGGCACAGCGCUCCCUCCCUGCGGCCGGGGGGAAGCUCAGGGACGACAGAAGCUGGCUGGAUGUCC